AUGGCGCUCCGCAAGCAAGUACCAGAAGAGUGCUUCAUCAAAAGCUUGCCGAGAUCACUCUUCUACAUGGCGCGGGACAUGGGUUGCGUGCUGGCGCUGCAGUACUUGUACCCCAUGUACGUGGCCGGGAGCUGGCCGCUGACGUUUCUCUGGUGGAACGCGAACGGCUUUAUGCUGUGGGCGCUAUUCGUUAUUGGCCACGACUGCGGGCACACGACGUUUAGCAACUACCCGUGGGUAAACGCGCUCGUGGGUCACUUGUGCCACGCCCCGCUGCUGGUGCCGUUCUGGCCUUGGGCCAAGAGCCACAACGAGCAUCACAAGUACCACAACCACGUGGAGAAGGACAUGUCGUACCCUUGGUUUGGGAAGCAGCAGUUCGAACAAGAGGUCAAGCCUUUGACGAAGCUUUUCCUCAAGACCCCCUUCCAUCCGUUCACGUCUUACCUCUUUACCUACCUGCUGGCUGGCUGGUACGACGGUUCACACUUCAACCCCUUCAGUGUGCUCUUCUGGAGCCGCAAGGAACAGGUGCAGUGCGCGGUCUCGACGGCGUCGGUGGUGACGUUCAUCUACCUCCUGGUGGCCGUGUUGUUCGACUUUGAUUGGUCGGCCAUCGUCGUGCGGCACUUGGUGCCCGUGAUGAUCAUGAACUACUGGCUGGUGAUGGUGACCUACCUUCAGCACCACGAGGAAGAUACCAAAACGUUCGAUAACUCGGACUUCCACUUCGCGACGGCGGCGAUGGAGACUGUCGACCGCAAGUACGGCUGGGGCAUCGACGACGCGCACCACAACAUCACGGACGGGCACGUGGCACACCACCUUUUCUUCACCAAGAUCCCCCACUACAACCUCAAGAAGGCCACCGCUGCCAUCAGACCGUCCCUCGAAAAGCUCGGCCUUUACCGGUACCGAAACAACCCCAACUUCCUGUGGGUAUUCGCCCGAGAAAACUACAAGCUGGGCUUCUACACGCACUCCAAGGCGCACGACCACAGGGCAAAGAUGCACUACCUGGAUGCCUCCCGAACACCAGCGUUCAAGAACAAGAGCAAGCCUCUGUGACGAGGUCUUGAUCCAUGUGUCGAGUGCCGAUUCGAUUUCGAAGAGCGCAAACAGUGCCCAGCUCUCUGGCCCUCGUGCAUGUGUCUCGGCUUCUGUUUUAUGACCUGUACUACUGUUGUGAGUUAGAGGUGGAGAGAGAAAUACGCUUGUCUGUAUCCGUGCGCGACAAACGGUGUUGCCGUCGGAUUCGCACCUGGUGGUGGUUAUGUCUGGUGUGACUUGUGUGUUGCCUUUCCCGUGCUCCUUUUUUUUUUUUUUUGUCCGCCGGUCUCCUGCCUUCCCUUGGGAUGCGUGCUUUUCUUAACAAGAGCUUUUCGAUGGUGGUUGCUGUCUGUAUUUCUUGGUCAGUCAGUCCUGGACGCAUUUUCGUGUCUUUUGAGUGUCUCGUUGCGUUGCAUUGCAUUGCAUCAGACAUUCAUACACAGAAUCUCAAGAGUGAUACGUGACGACAGAUAGCCCUCGUUUCCGCUUCCCGCGGGAAAGCAAAUUCGCCGCCGUAGGCCGGAUCUCUUUUUUUAGGGCGGGGGCUCGCACCAUGCGGUGCGAUCGCAGGUGUUGGGAUCGACAACCGUUACUGCCGUAGCAGAGAUUAGCUAGCAAAGAAAUGGGCCGCGUCUCCUUUUGCGUGCCUCUGCUGAUGCCACUGACGUUUUGACUAGUGCGUUUUCGGCGGGUGUUUGGUGGGAAGGAAUGGCGCACGAUGUGUGGGCUUAGUCGUUAGUGCAUUUUUGUUUUUUUGCUGUGAGUGCCUACAUUACAUGAAGGCAUCAUCAAAUUUCCAAGACGAACAAGGGACGUAGGUUCCGAUCACUGCGAAAAACGGUUAGUGUUGUGCAUUGGUCUGUCUAUCUAGUAUGCUUUAGUUGCGUCGUAAGACCCUUCGUGAGCCUUUGGACUUUCAAGAGUCAAAAAAGAGAAAAAUAUAUAUGUUUUGUUUUUGUCUUACAGAGCUGAAGUUUGUUGAGGGCAGGGACGGCAAUAACAGGAGGGGGCGAGCGCGGUCGGUUGGUCUUGUGGAGACGAGAUAAAACACCCGGUAGAUCUAGACCCUGCUCUCUCUCUCUCUCUUCAUCUGCUUUCGUCUAGUUGUCUCAAACAACAUGGUACAGUUUUAUUGCUUAUUACUUGGGUGGGUAAUGGAACUAGCAGCCGCCCGUGUUGUCAAGUGAGAUCAGCCUGGUCCAGGAGAACUAGACUAACGUAGACGCACCGAUGAUGAUGCUGCAGCCGGGGCAACUUUCCUACAACAACUGGGCUACUAAAAUAGCCGAGGAGAAACUUGCAUUUCUCCGCAAUGCCAUGCACGUAGAGGCGAUAGAGGGGUUGAGAGACCCUUUUUGAGGCAUGGCACAAUGAAUGAUGGCCGGACUGAGUGUGUUUGGAGGAGUGCAGUUGAGCCAAGGCCUGAAUGGCAUGCUGGGGGGGGAAGGACGGCGGCCGAAGCUCCCUUUUUGGUCGAGCGUGUGUUUCUUUCAAUGCGUGGCAUCGCUCAACUAGAGCUGUGAGAACGCGAUGCUGUUGUUGUGUAGGUGGAGUAUUGACAGUAAUGAGUUACUCCAUGUACGAUGCUUUCUCAACGUUGUCGGUGUUGUUUCUCUAGUCGGGUGAUUAUGAUGCAACAUGUUGUAUUUUUC